AUGUACUCAGACGACCUCCUGAAAGCCUGGCUCCAAGAGCAAGUCCCUCGCGCGGCAUCGAUGAAGAACGAUGCAGCGUUCUACCGCAAACUUGAACAAUCGCUCGACGUGGCCCGCAAGGAAAAUGGGCUCAUGACAAUUAAACCGCGCUGGGACGAUACUGUUAUUGACUUUACAACUAGCGAUUUCCUUUCGCUCAACCGCACCGGCCGCAUUCGCGAAGGGUUCAAGGCCGAGCUCUCUCGCCAUGGAGACUAUCGCCUGAGCGCAUCUGGGUCUAGAGUGCAGUACGGCAAUUACAAUUAUAUCUUGGAGACGGAACGCAUGAUUGCAGAAUUCCACAAUUCCGAGACGGCGUGGAUUGCGCACUCGGGAUUCAUCGCCAAUGUCGGAGUCUUGGAAGCCGUUGCGCUGCCAGGAGACGCCAUUGUAUUUGACGAGCUCUCGCAUGCAAGCACGAAUCUUGGCUUGAAGCUCAGCAUGACGACAAACAGAAUCCCCUUCAAGCACAACAGCAUCGACUCUCUUCGGGAAGUGUUGGAGGGACUUAAGAGUUCCGAGCCUGCCUUCGCCAAGGGCCAGCAGUCCAUCCUGAUAUGCGUCGAAUCCAUUUAUAGCAUGGAAGGCGACCUGUGCCCGUUGAGAGAAUUCGUUGACCUGGCCAAGGAAAUGUUCCCCGCUGGCAACGCUCAGUUCAUCAUUGACGAAGCGCACAGCAGCGGCGUCAUUGGCCCUAGAGGCGGAGGCUUGGUACAAAUGUUGGGGUUGGAAAAGGAAAUUGCUAUUCGAGUCCACGUUUGCAGCAAGGCACUAGCAUCUACUGGAGGAAUCAUUCUUUGCAACAAGACUGUUCGGCGCGCACUCAUUCACCAGUCCAAAACUCUAACCUAUAGCGGUGCGCCAUCGUUUGCAAUGGUCGCUUCGAUGCGUGCAGGUUACGAGCUGCUUAUAAGCGGCGCAACGCAAAAGGCUCAAGAUGAUAUUCAGAAGAUUGUCAAACAUUUCCUGGAUAAAGUCUCUUCAGAUGCAGUCUGCGCUGAAGGCAUGGAUGAGGGCCUACUUAACAUUCCCUUAGUAGAAGGCUUUGCGCACCGCGCUGUUCACUCGCACGUGGUCCCGAUCAAGACUAAGCCACGCCAUGAGCAGUAUCUCGCUUUUCAUCUGGCUCUAGCCAACAUGAAUGCCUACAGCAUUUCAUAUCCCGUCGUACCCAGAGGUGGAAGCCGCGUUCGACUCGUCUUCCACGCGCACAAUACAGAAGAAGAGAUUGAUCACCUAGUGGCUAGCAUUGCCACUUGGGUACGAGAGAUGCUUGAUAUCGAGAACGGCCUGUCGAACAAUACCUUACCCAGUGCUGCGAGACACGUCUUCGCCCUGCAAGCCUCUUUGACUGCGUAAGUUGUCCCUGUCGCCACCAUCGUACUGGAGGCAGUAAAAGCAACACGGGAAUAAGACCUAC